AUGCAUAUAAUCAACGCUGCCACGCCACAGCCGCGCACGACCAAAGCGCGCGAGCCGGGGAAAAGCCUCGCGGCCGUGCAACUCGCCUCAUGUACCGCGCACCGCUCCGUCCGAGCCGGGGAGAACACCUCGCGUCCGGCCGAGAAUUUCAUCGGCCAAACAUCUAUCCGCCCGACCAGCCGGCCGACCGUGAAUCCAUCCGGCCCCGACCGUUCCGACUCGGCCACAACCCGACUGUCCGGCCGAUCGUCCCGCACGACCGUCCCAACGCCGCGGUCGACCCGAAGCCCUUUUGAAGCCCAAUUUCAUAUUUUCAAGCCCGGCUUAACCCUAAGCCGCCCUAGAAGACCUAGCACUAUAUAUAUAGAUUUUUAG